UAACUGGGUUGUAAUACGCAGGCUUGUAGGUGUGCUCUAACUAACGCACGGCCACUUAUCCCUCCUGCUGGAGCCCGCUGCUCUGCCUACCUGGCUGGCCUGAUCACAGUUGCUUGCGUCAUAGUACAUCAGGUGACCAGGCGCGAGAAUGUCAGCGUGCCCUGAACACAGAUCAGCGGGGAAGACUCAAAUGAGCCAUCUAUCAGUCCGGGAUGAAGUCUACGAGGGCGGUGGUUUUUGAUGUCGGGAGCGGCUCUGUCAGAGCGGGCCUCGCAGGAGAGCCUGCCCCGACGUGUGUCAUUCCAAGUUUAGCGAAAAUGACGCACCACAGCUCCUCCGCGCGUCCCAGAUCGGGUUUCGUGGGGGCGGACAUAGCAGUGGACGCCCCCACAGUCUGCCCCGUGCGUAACGGGAUCAUAACGGAUUGGGCUGCUAUAGAGUGGGUGUGGGAGUGCGCUUUCCGCAACCUGAACGCGCCGCCUGAGAGGCACGCGGUGUUGCUCUCGGAUCCUCCCCAGAGUCCUCGCACAAACCGUGAAAAGCUCGCGGAGGUCUUGUUCGAAACUUUCUGCGUUCCAGCCCUGUAUGUAGAAAACCAGUCGGUCCUUUCGGUGUACUCGUGUGGUCGAACCUCAGGACUGGUCGUGGAGAGCGGCGAGGGAUGCUCCUACGCCACACCAGUUCACGAGGGCUUUUAUCUACCCAGUAAUACCUGUAGGGUGGACUACGCAGGAAGCAGCUUGGACCGGUAUUUGCGCACACUAUUGCGACAGUCUGGCACAGAGAUUGCCGACGAUGCCACAGAUGACAUCAAGCAGAAAUGUUGUUAUGUCACUCCCGACCUAGACAUGGAACUCCACAAAGAUGACAGUCACGUAGAGCAUGUGUUGCCAGACGGUCAGCGCGUCCAGCUCGGGCGCGAACGAUUCCUCUGCCCUGAGGCGCUCUUUCAGCCCAGCGCAUUGGGCUCGCGGGAGUCUGGACUGCCUACGCUGGUGAUGAACUGUCUGAACAUGUGCGACAUCAGCCUUAAGCGGGAGCUGCUGCAGAACGUGCUGCUGUGUGGCGGAUCGACGCUCUUCCGCGGGCUACCUGAACGCAUGCAGAGCGAGCUCGACCGCGUGGUUCCCGGUGGUGGGGUGCGCGUGGUGGCCACAGACACUCGCAAACAUGCGGUGUGGGUUGGAGGUUCUAUCCUCGCGGCCUUGUCCGCCUUCCAGUCGAUGUGGAUGAGCAGGACCGAGUACCUGGAGAAAGGCCCACACGCCGUUUACCGGAGUUUCAUAUGAAGGUUUCUGACAUGUUUAAAAAAAAAUAUAUUAAAAUA